AUGGAGGUGGAUAAGGAGGAAGGCAACGUGAGACAACCAAAUGCUGGCAAUGGUCUUGAUUUGGAGAAGUACUCGUGGACUCAACAGUUGCCAGAGGUUAACAUCUCCAUUCCUGUUCCUCAAGGAACAAAAUCAAGAUUUGUGGUCUUUGAUAUAAAGAAGAACCAUCUGAAGGGCGAGCUCUAUAAGCCAGUUAAGGUUGAUGACUGCUUCUGGAGCAUAGGUAACUGCAGCUCAGCAGCUGCUGAGCUGGUUGUCUGCAUCAGAGCCCUUUUCUUCCAUCCUAAGCCCCUUAUUGAUAGAAGUACGGUUGCCUAA